GAUGGUAUGGCGUACCCAUUGGAUGGUUCGUUGCACCAACACUUUAGAUCGAUGAAGCCUAGUCAUUAUAAGGUCCAAGUUGAUUGUAUUUACGACGGACAUGAUGAUGACACUCUUCCGGUACCUACUGGAGAUGGAUUCAAUAACUUAGGCAGGGCUCUUGCUAGUUUUGUGCAAUGGCCAAUUCACUUGGUGAUUUUCGAAGAAGACGAGGAGUACUCUACUCCACGCCCAACAAAGAAGUCCAGGAGUCAGAUUUUUGAAGAGGUGGUUGGUAGCUCCAAAGAGAAGAAAAACGAAUUAAUUGUCAAAGAGAAGACAACAGAAUUAGUUGUCAAAGAUAAGACAACAGAAUUAAUUGUCAAAGAGAAGGCAACACUUGAUUUAGGGUCCAAAGAGAAGACAACACUGAAGUUAACGGCCAAGGAAAAUUCAUGCUCAAAUAAGUUGGAGUCGAAAUCGAAGUCGAAGAACUCUAAGACGGCCAAAGAGAUGGUAGGUAGUUGUGAUCGUAAAACUGAAGAAUCAGCCGCCAAAAGUAAGAAGCAAAAUUUGGCAGACGACACAAUUCAAGGUCUUGGCCCAUCAUGCAAUUAUUUGAAGUUUAUCAUCAAUACGGCGCCCGGUGAUGUAUAUAAAAAUACUUCAAUCCCAUUGCCCGCUUCGGUUUGGCAUUAUGACGAAGAUCGACAAACUUAUGUAAAUGAGGUUGACGUUGAAGAGUUCCUUAGAGGGGCGUGCCUCAACAUUUCAGUGAUCCAAGUCUAUAUGAUGUGUUUAUUCCACGAACACACCUUUGCAUUUGACAACUCUCAGAUUGGGUUUGUUUGUCCCGAGGCAAUGUCAAGCUCUAGAAUCAAGGCCAACCCUCAGGCUGCAUCAAUGUAUUUGAAAGUAGUUUUCAAUGCUGAAAUUGAAAAGGAGAAGAAGGGUGAUCCUAACAUUACCAAGUGGUUUUUGAUCCCAUACCAUCAAGAAAAUCAUUGGAUUUUGUACGUGUUAGACCUACGUAGAGGUUGUGCGUAUAUUUUCGACUCUGCGAUAGGUUCCAACCGAGAAAAUAGUGCAUGGGGAAUCUUGUGUUUGGCAUACCAAGUGUACAAGUUUAAUGAUGGGAUUUGUCCGAAUAGAGCGACUAUGCAGGGGUUGAAAGGCUUCCAUGUAAAGUGUGCUCAACAAGUCGGCGCCCGCGAGUGUGGCUAUUACGUUAUGAAGUUCAUGCAUGAAAUAGUCACGUUACACCAUAACACUGAUGAGCGGUUAGACAAUGCUUACACUCCAAGAAAUGCGCCUUAUACCGAUGAGGAAAUAGAUGUGGUUCGUGAGCAAUGGGCUAAGUUUUUUACAACCGAGUAUUUAUUUACUUAGGUUGUUUAGACACAAAGAUGGAAGCGUUUAUAUCUUCAUGGAUUUGGUAAAGUUCUUUAAUUUUUCCAUAAUUACAAGUCUGCUGGAUUUGCUAAUUUAUUGCUUUGAAUACUAAUCUGCUGGUCUUGCUGCUGUUGCAUGUGAAUUCUGA